GUCUUGCUUUUUCUUAUGUCUUGCUCUGUUUUCUUAUUCAAUGGCACAUUCUGCACUGGUGUGGGACUCAAUCUGAUUGGUUUUCGCGUAGGAGCACUUUUGAAACCCACCCUCUCCACGCAGGUCCAAAGUCAAGGCACACAGUUCUACAACGGAGGAAAAUUACUUACUAAUGAUCUGGACUCGUCCUUGGCCAAUCUCGUGGGCAAUUUACAUUUUGGAGGACCCCCAGCCAAAAAGCCAGAAGUUCAGUGGACUCAUUUGGAGAAGAAAUCAUCUGGAGGCUCCCACUGGCAGACUAAAGCCAUGAACGGCACGGCCCCCUGGAGCCACACACACCUGGCCCCUGCUCCCAUACCGAUGCCGCAGAUGAAUGGAAUGAUUUAUACUGGCUAUGCACCAGCUCCGGUUGCAUUUCCGAUGACAACCCCCCAAGUGCCUGUGUAUGGGAUGAUUCCUCCUCCUGUGGGCCAGAUGGGGUCAGUGCCCCUGAUGGCGCCCCAGCCUGUGAUAUAUAACCAGCCCAUCCUCCGCACCACCAACCCUUUCACCCCAAUCCCUGGAGCUCAGAUGCACUUCAUGUAGCACUGAGGAGCAUGAUGAACUGACACAUACGCCCGAGGAAAAACAUCAACCAAUCCAAAACCAAAAACGGCAAAGCAGACAUGAGAAAUGGUUCAAAUGGCUCGAAGAGAUUGAAGAUUUUCAUGUGGCAUCCCCCCCUGCUCCUUAACCUGUGUGUUUGUAACAUAAUCUCCCUUCAUCCAGCGACAAACGGUCCUCCGUCAUUUUACAUGUUACCUUUAAUUUCUAAGUGUCGAAAUCUAGUGUUUUUAGGCAGCCCUCUUUGAUGAUGUCACUGGCUGAUGCAAGCGGAAUGACAGUGUACAGUGAAUUGCAGUGGAAUGAAACGUUGUCAUGAUGUCAAGCCCCUCCUCCUCCCCCGUUUGGAAAAGUGAUUGUUGUAAUUGUGCACACUUGAAUCAAUGUUUAUAAUGUCUAAAACCAAGCCACGGUUUUGUAUGCACAUUGCCUGAAUAGUGUUUCGAAAUCAAACCACUGUCAAUGUUGAUUGUGCCACAGCGGCUGGCAUCUCGAUUUCUUGAGUCUUGGAGAAAUGUGUACAGGUCACUUUUUCGUACAUUUGUCUCGUCCCUUCAGACAUUUUGGAUUUCACCUUAAAAGUUCAAUUUGUUUCUACAUGACUUGUAAUGCCUCAUUCAGGUAUGGUAAGGUAUGGCUGUUUGGAUUAAAGUCAAAUACUGCAGUAUG